GGCGGCUGCAAUACACCGCUCCGCUCUUCUCUAUAUAACGCAAAUCCCAAGAAGAAGUAGAAGAAGAAGGAGGAGGAGGAGAAGAAGGAGGAGGAGGUCGACGACGGGCUUAGCAGCUCUACAUGGCUGAUCAAGCAGAGUCAGUGUCAGGAACUACUACAACAACAUCAACGAUCAAAAAAAGAUGGCAACGGUGGCUCCUGGUGUUCCUCAAUAUCUUCUUCCUCCUCACCGGCCAAACGGCCGCGACCCUUCUCGGAAGAUUCUACUACAACCAAGGAGGCAACAGUAAAUGGAUGGCCACAUUCGUCCAAACUGCAGCCUUCCCUUUCCUCUUCAUCCCUCUUCUCCUUUUCCCCUCAAACCGACAACCUCCUUCCCCAGCUGCAGCAGCCACACCUCCUGCUCUUCACCUGAAGAUUGUUUUAAUAUACCUCGGUCUGGGCAUCAUCAUCGGCAUCGAUAACUUGAUGUAUUCUUACGGUCUUUUAUAUGUUCCGGUCUCGACUUACUCUCUGAUUUGUGCCACUCAACUGGCCUUCAAUGCCGUCUUUUCCUACUAUCUGAAUUCCCAGAAGUUCACUGAUUAUAUACUGAACUCUGUCGUCCUCUUGACACUCUCCGCUGCCAUACUCGGAUUCAAUGAAGCCGCCGAAAGCUCCGGAGGCGUUCCGAAGGGGAAGUACGUAAUUGGGUUCAUGCUGACAUUAGGAGCGUCAGCUACGUACUCGCUCAUCCUCUCCCUGAUGCAGCUCUCAUUUCAGAAGGUGAUCCGAAAGGAGACUUUCACAGUCGUGUUGGAGAUGCAGAUCUACACCUCUCUCGUGGCGACCUGCGUCGCGGUCGUGGGCUUGUUCGCGAGUGGGGAGUGGAAGGGCUUGAAGGGCGAGAUGGAGGGGUUUGCCAAGGGGAAGGUGUCCUACGUGAUGACUCUGGUUUGGACUGGCCUCUCGUGGCAGUUGGCGUCGGUCGGCGUCGUGGGGCUAAUCUUCGUGGUGUCUUCUCUCUUCUCCAACGUGAUCAGCACCCUCGCGCUGCCAGUCGUGCCGGUGUUCGCUGUGAUUUUCUUUCAUGAGAAGAUGGGCGGGAUCAAGGUUGUGGCGUUGCUGCUUGCCAUUUGGGGUUUUGCCUCUUACCUGUAUCAGGAUUACCAGGAUUACGGCAAAGCUAAGAAAGCUUCGGAGCAUGUUGAACAUCUCUCUGGUCAUCGCGGCGGCGGUGGUGACCGUGACUGCUGAAGUUCAUGACUAUUUUCCAAUCACUAUAUUGUAUGAAUAAGUGAAGAUUUUUCUUCUAGAAUAUAAUUAAGAGACAGUGUGUUACAUCACAUUAAA